UGUUAGUGCUAUACCAAGCUUUAGUUAACAGUCAUGGAGUCAAUACAGCACUGUUUUAAAUUGCUCAAUUUAGUCCUCUUCAUUUCCAUUUUAGCCUCCAUUCUCUUCACUCCUUGUGAUGCCAGAUUUAUGAUUAAUAUAUGGAAGCAGAAGGGCUUAAAUCUCCAUCAAAGUCCCAUUGCCGAGUUCAUUAACAAGCUGAAAUUAACCAACAAUGUCGUUUCCAAUGCUGAUCCCUAUACCCCCAACUCACCCUUCUAUCUCCCUCCUUUUGACUCACUCUCACCACUUCCUCAGCCUGGCCGCUCUACUCCCCUUACCCCACCAUUAACCUCCAACCCUCCGCCGUAUCCGAUGAGCUAUGGGAUGCCGCCGCCGCCGCCGCCUAGUUACAGUUAUAACUCAUCGGCAAUUCCUCCUAAACACGGAACCAGUCCACCUAGUAUGUUCCCAAGCCCGCCUCAACACCAACCUAGCCCACCAAAACAUGAUCCAAACCCUCCUAAGACUGCACCGGACCAACCCAUUUACGCACCCCCGAUGCUGAACCCACCUUCCGCUUUUGCUCCCCCUCCUAAAGGAUCACGGUCCAGCGGUGGCGGUGUUUGGUGUGUGGCUAAGCCGGCAGUGCCCGAUUCAAUAAUCCAAGCGGCCAUGGAUUAUGCAUGCGGGUCCGGUGCGGAUUGCAAAUCGAUUCAACCCAACCAGCCUUGUUUCCAACCCAACACAUUGAUUUCCCAUGCUUCGUAUGCUUUCAACAGCUACUGGCAGAACACAAAGGGGCAUGGUGGCACUUGCGACUUCGGAGGCACUGCCAUGCUUGUUACCGUCGAUCCUAGUUUCGAUAAAUGCCAGUUCAGCUACAAGUGAUCCAAGGGGGUCUGAGCCAACACUUUUGAUAGAUGUGGUUCUAUGAGCCUGAAAGAGUUUACAGUAUAGGAUGUAUUAUACUAUAUAAUUUAU